GUGUAGGUAAUCGUCUUGAAGUAAUCGCUCUCUUUAACGGGAAUCGAUCCGCGAUGUCCGUCGACUUCACGAACGAAGUGGAGGUCCGCGAGUUCCUCAGCGGAAUCCGCACCGAGUACAGCUACCAGUGUCUGCGGGAGCGAGAACCAGAGGGCUGCCAUCGUCUGGCUGAGUUCCUACACAGCGUCGAGCGAGACUUUCCAGCGGCAGCCAAACUCCUGCAGCUGAAUUGUGAGAAGAAUGGCUUCACGAAGAGCUGUGCCAAGCUGGGGACGUACCACGCGCUGGGCAGGGGAGGAGUGGUGGUGGAUUUGGCUCGUGCUGUUGAGCUCUUCUCGAGGUCUUGCCUGGGGGCGGUGACCCCCGACCCGGCAUCUCCAGCCUCCGGUGCCGCGUCCCCAGGCUCCGUUGCCGCGUCCCCAGGCUCCGUUGCCGCGUCCCCAGCCUCCACCACUUUCACCCCGUCCCCUGAGGGCUGCAACAACCUUGGCGAGAUGGCCAGGCAAGGCAGAGGCUUCCCUGGCGGGCAGGCCCGUCCGGAGGUGGCUCGCCGCGCGUUUGAGUUGGCGUGUGCAGGUGAGGUCGCCUCCAGCUGCCUCCAGCUCAGCGUCAUGCUCAUGCAGGCGGAGAGCAGGGACAUGCCGCGCGCCUUGGUCUAUGCGGAGCGCGCCUGCCACCUGGGUCACCCGUGGGGCUGCAUUAACGCCGGGCGGAUGCUUCACCUGGGGGAUGGAGUCAAACCCGACCCUGAGAGGGCACGGGAGCUCAGGGAGCGAGCCACGCUGCUCGCCCGGGCAGCACACUGAGGACUUACGCUUACGAGACAAGAGAUAUGAUAAAAUAAUGGACACUUGAGCUUUCGCCUUCCAUCUCACUGACCAGGAUUGGCACUAGCAAGGGAAACGCAGUACACGUGGGCACUCAAUACACAACACCGAUACGCCACGACAUGGUACGUGAUGGUACACGAUACUCCACACUCCACAAAUAUGAACCCGUGUGAUAUGCAUGUACCCAUGUGAUGCACAUGAAACUAUGAAUCAUGUGUAUCACGUGUCCAGCUUGAAUACAGAACACACGGCACUUGGUGGUCUCAGACUUACUCAGGCUGACAGAUUUAUCUGACAGAAUCCAAAAUUUGGGACCAAGAGGAAGAUCUAGUGCCAGGCGGUGGUGAUGAUGAGACUGUAUGAGCGGUCCCUGAAGGAUUGCGUUAACUGUGACAAGAGGAAGACCUAAAGCCAGAUGAGAUGCUGCACCCUGCAUUGGAUCUGGCAGAAGCAGGGAAGCAAUGCUGAUGUUUGGUGACCUCUGCACGGACGGACUGGUCUUUAUAGUAUAUGUUUUGAAGGGAUUAUUAUUCUUGGGUCUUUCGGUAAAGUCACGUAGAUAGGUUCAAAGAAAAUAACAAAAAACUACGACGUUUCGAUCGCAAUGCAAGCAAUCGUCAUCAGGAUGUACCCAUGUGAUGCACAGGAAACUAUAGUAAUCGUCAUCAGGAGAUGACGAUUGUGUUACAAUCGAAACGGUAGUUUUUUGUUAUUUUUGUUUUCUUUGAACCUAUCUAUAUGACUUUACUGAAAGACCCAAUAAUAUGAAUUCCUGCAGUCACGAAAGCUUUAAGUCUGAUUAUUGUUGGGAAUUUUGUCUGGAGAAAUAAA